AUGAACCUUUUAAGCUGGAACUGCCGAGGGCUUGGGAACCCUCAGACAGUUAGCUUCCUUAAACUCUUGGUUAAGGAAAAGAGCCCAUCCAUGAUCUUCCUCAUGGAAACAAAGUGUGGAAAAGAAAGAGUGGAAGCAGUUAGAAGAAGCUUGAAGUUUGAGGCUUGCCUGGUAGUGGAAAGUAGAGGAAGUGCAGGUGGCUUGGCUCUAAUGUGGAAAACCAACACUAUGGUGUCCAUCUACAACUAUUCUAGAUGGCAUAUCAAUGCCCAUGUCUCGAGCUUUGUAGGGGACCAAACCUGGCUCUUCACAGGUUUCUAUGGCCAUCUAGAAACCUCAAAAAGAGGUGGUAGCUGGGAAUUCCUUAAAGAACUUAAACCCCUGGACUCAACACCUUGGCUCUACAGUGGUGAUUUCAAUGAAAUUACUUGUCAGGCAGAGAAGGUGGGAGGUUCCCCCAGACCCUAUAGACAAAUGGAGGUGUUCAGAGAAUCUCUUGAGUGGUGUUCCUUGAACAAGAUUAGGACAGAAGGUCCAAUAUUCACGUGGUCAAACAAUAGAACUGGACCGAGUCAUACCAAAGAAAUACUGGACCGUGCCUUGGGAAAUCCAGCCUGGUUACAUAUGUUUAGAGAUGCCUCCUGUAUGGUCAUACCUACAGUCAAGUCAGACCACUCACCCCUGAACAUCUGCUUAGACUGCAAAUGGAAGACUGGAAAUAGCAAGAUCAGAAUGUUCAGAUUUGAAGCUGCAUGGAACUUAAGGGAAGGGUGUGACCAUUCUAUUAAGGAAGGGUGGAGAAUGGAGGCCCCUGGUGUUAGUUAG